AUGGAAGAGGAUCACUCCAGUAUUUGCUUGCCCAACUGCCAGGACGGGAUUGAUGAUGACGCAGCACCGCUGUUGUUGUGCAAAGGGUUCCACUGUUUUGCUUCGCUUUUGACGAGUCGAUUGGAUGCUCUUCACUUUCUCCAGCCAUUAGCCACGUCUCGGGGACAGCUGCUUUCCAGCACACAUUGUCAGUCCAUUGCAUUGAGAGUGGCCAUCAAGAUCAAGGAAGAACGCCAGUGGGAUCCUCUCACUUCCUGGCAGUCACUGCUUUCUGUUGGGGGAGUUGUGCCUGUGCAAGGCCAAAAACUCGAUAAGGAUGGCACACUCACAGGAACAAUCCAAUGCGGAAAACAUUCUAGCACGGCUUCCGUGCGCAUAAUUGGCCAACCCAGCAUCCACAGCAAUGGCACAACCGCCGUGAUCUUGAUUGAAGAGUGUGCUGCCACUUGCCGUGCGUUGGUGCUGCUCCAUGAAUGCCUCGUCUGGCGACUCGUCAUGCUCAAAACCUUGCCUGGACUUGAUUUGGGUUGGGAAAUGGCAACUGUGUCCGAAAUGCCAGCAGAAGAGUUGCGACAUGCUUUGGUUGCACUGCAAGAGGCCCAUGUAAGGGCCGUGAAAGAUAGCUGUGACAAAGCGAAAAUGCUGAGGCACACAUUGGAUGCAGCAUCGGGCGAUGAGAGGCGACAGCUGGCGGAGCAGCUAUUGGCCAAUGUGCAGAUGGUCCAAGACCGAAUGCAGGUGGUCUGGAAGGACAUGAGGCGCCAUUUUCUGCUUAUGUGA